AUGAAAGAUUGAAAGACAAAGAUGGAAAUUUCUGAAGAAAAAGAUUCAGCAAGGGCUGUAUCAGAAAGACUCCAAAGACAGAUCUCCCAGGAAUGUGGGUUAGUUGAAACUGGUGAUCCUGAGGACAGGUUAUUGAGGUAUUGGGUAAGCCCCUUAGAGGAUGCAGUGGGACAUCCCCCUUCCCAAGAGAGAGGUAUCAGGGAAGUGAAUCUGAUCCCCAAGAAAGCCAUUGCAGGAGAGAGAGUCCAUGGAUGUAAGGAAAGAGAAAAAAUACUUUCUGCAGGAGAAAGAUCCCACAGAUAUGAAGUCUGUGGCCAGAGCUUCAAACAGAAGUCAGAAAUAACGGAACAUCAGAAAACUGGUAAUAUAAAGAAAACCUAUGAAUGUAAGGAAUGUGGAAAAACUUUUAAUCGGAGCUCAAACCUGAUUGUACAUCAGAGAAUUCAUACAGGAAAGAAACCAUAUGUAUGUAGUGAAUGUGGAAAAGACUUUAAUCAAAGUUCAAAUCUUAUUAUACAUCAGAGAAUUCACACAGGAAAGAAACCUUAUAUAUGUCAUGAAUGUGGAAAAGACUUCAAUCAGAGAUCUAACCUGGUCCGACAUAAGAGAAUUCAUAACGAUGAGAAUCCCUAUGAAUGUAAAGAGUGUGGAAAGGCCUUCAAGGGAAGCUCAAACCUUGUCCUGCACCAGAGAAUUCACAGUGGAGGGAAGCCAUAUGUAUGUAAUGAGUGCAGGAAGGCCUUCAAUCAAAGCUCAGAUCUUAUUAUCCAUAACAGAAUUCACACUGGAGAGAAACCCUAUGAAUGUUAUGAAUGUGGACAAACCUUCAGUCAGAGUUCACACCUUGUCACACAUCAGAGAAUUCAUACUGGAGAGAAACCCUUCAAGUGCAACACCUGUGAAAAGGCCUUCAGGCAGCGUUCACGCCUCACAGAACACCAGAGACUCCACAGUGGGGAGAGACCCCAUGAAUGUCGCAAAUGUGGGAAAUCCUUCAGUGGGCGCACAGCCUUUCUUAAACAUCAGAGACUACAUACUGUAAAGGAACUUGAAUGUGAAAAAGCCUGCACUUCUGACUUAGCUCUUAUCCAACAACAGAAAAUUCACAGGGAAGAAAAACCUUAUGAAUGUACUGAGUGUCGAAAAACUUUCCGGGGAAGUUCAGAUCUAAUUCGGCAUUGGAUAACUCACACUGGAGAGAAACCCAAUGAAUGUAGUGAAUGUGGGAAAGCCUUUAGCCAGAGGUCGCACCUUGUUACACAUCAGAAAAUCCACACUGGAGAGAAACCCUAUCAGUGCAAUGAAUGUGGGAAAGCCUUCCGGCAGCGUUCACUCCUCGUCCAGCAUCACAGAAUCCACAGUGGUGAGAAACCCUAUGAAUGUAAGGAAUGCGGAAAAGCCUUCAUCUGGCGCACGGCUUUUCUCAAACAUCAGAGACUUCAUACUGGAGAGAAACUUGAGAAAGGUGAGAAAACAUUCAGCAAGGAAGAGUUGCUUAGAGAAGAGCGGAGAAUUUGCCAAGAAGUGAAAGCUUAUCAGUGCAAUCAGUGUGGUAGAACUUUCCGAGGCAGCUCAGACCUCAUCCGACAUCAGGUAACUCAUUCAGGAGAGAAACCCUAUGAAUGUAAAGAAUGUGGGAAAACUUUCAAUCAGAGCUCAGACCUUAUGAGACAUCACAGAAUUCAUAGUGGAGAAAAACCUUAUAUGUGCAAUAAAUGUGGGAAAUCUUUCAGGGGCAGCUCAGAUCUCAUUAAACACCACCGUGUUCAUACUGGAGAGAAACCCUAUGAAUGCCCUGAAUGUGGGAAGGCCUUCAGUCAGAACUCACACCUUGUUAGUCACCAGAGAAUUCACACUGGAGAGAAACCCUUUGAAUGUAGCAACUGUGGGAAGGCCUUCAGUGGGCACACAGCUUUUCUUAAACAUCAGAAACUUCAUACUGGAAAGGAGCUUGGGGAACACAAGAGCGUCCACAAACAGGACUUAUUCUAAUAGGUAACAGAGACCUAAUGAACAUAGGAAAAACCGGAUGGAGACCACAUCAUAUUGCACAAUAGAAGGUUUUUAUUGCUGAAAACUCUUUGAAGGUAGGAAAACAUUAGAAGAGCCCUACUGGAUGGAAAACAUAUAAGUGUAAUGUGGGAAAGCUCUUGGACAUAAUCACCUUUUUUCUGCCUCAGAGUUGACACUGGAGUAUGGUUCCCAGGAUAAAAUUAAUUGAGAAUGUUUUACGGUACUUCCAUUGUUAAUAAAAUCAUUAGAAAUCACUUUGUCAGCAACCCCCAAACUAAAUUCUUCAUGGAAGGAGCCAUUUCAAUCUCAACUACCUAGUCCAGUGACAAGUAUAAAUCUGUUUUAGGUACUUUAGAGUGAUUAAAUCUUUCUCUGGGAUGAGUUCUUCCCAUUAGAUAUAUAUUUUAUACAUAUUCCCCUUUUAUCUCCUUAUAAAAAUAUGCUUAUGCAUAUGUGAUAAUACUAAUUAGAAUGAUCCAUUAAUUCAGGGGUCCCCAACCUCUGGGCUGCGGAUGGGUACUGGGCCGAGGCCUGUAAGGAACCAGACCGCACAGCAGGAGGUGAGCAUUGGGCGAGCGACUGAAGCUUCAUCUGCCGCUCCCCAUCACUCGCAUUACCUCCUGAACCAUCCUCCUCCCCCUCCACCCCUGAUCCGUGGAAAAUUUGUAUUCCAUGAAACCGGUCCCUGGUGCCAAGAAGGUUGGGGACCACCACAUUAAUUGAGAGGAAACAAAAAAUAAUAGAAAUGACUUGACAACAGGAGAGCUGAAGGCCAGGACACAAGAGCCAAGUGAGGUAUUCCCCAGAGAAAGAAUGGUGAUGAUUAGGAGUAUCAGGAAAUGAAAGAGCAAAGAAAGGACAGUGGGUGUUGGGAAUAGGAAUAGACUGAGUGCCAGGGAAGAGCAUUUAGGUGACCUGAGUUACUGGGAAUUAGAAGAAAGCAACAACUGUGAAAGGUCAGGUGAUUAGAGGAGAGUGGUUUUAUCUUGAACCAGGGCUUUGUAAUUAUUUGAGAACUGGAGAGUCUAAGUAGAACUCUGAAAGAGACCAGUGGGGGGUGCCUUCAAGAUGGCAGAGAAGUAAGACGUGGAGAUCACCUUCCUCCCCACAAAUACAUCAAAACUACAUCUACAUGUGGAACAACUCCUACAGAACACCUACCGAACACUGGCAGAAGACCUCAGACUUCCCAAAAAGACACCCUCAGGCGACCUACACACAGAGGUGGGGCCAAAUCCAAAGCUGAACCCCAGGAGCUGUGCAAACAAAGAAGAGAAAGGGAAAUCCCUCCCAGCAGCCUCAGGAGCAGCGGAUUAAAUCUCCACAAUCAAAUUGAUGUACGCUGCAUCUCUGGAAUACCUGAAUAGACAACAAAUCAUCCCAAAUUGAGGUGGCAGACUUUGGGAGCAACUGUAGACUUGGGGUUUGCUUUCCGCAUCUAAUAUGUUUCUGGUUUUAUGUUAAUCUUAGUUUAGUAUUUAGAGCUUAUUAUCAUUGGUAGAUUUAUUGAUUUGGUUGCGCUCUUCCUUUUUUUAUUUUAUAUAUAUAUAUAUUUUUUUUCCUUUUUCUCUUUUUGUGAGUGUGUAUGUGUAUGCUUCUUUGUGUGAUUUUGUCUGUAUAGCUUUGCUUUUGCCAUUUGUCCUAGGGUUCUGACUGUCCGGUAUUUUUAUUUGUUUUGUUUUGUUUUUUUGUAUAGUUUUUAGCACUUUUAUCACUGGUGGAUUUGUUUUUUGGUUUGGUUGCUCUCUUCUUUCCUUCUCUUUUUUUUUUAUUAUUUUUUAAUUUUUAAAUUUUAAAUAAUUUUUUCUAUUUUAAUAACUUUAUUUUAUCCUUCCUUCCUUCCUUUCUUUCUUUUUCUCCCUUUUCUUCUGAGUUGUGUGGCUGACAGGGUCUUGGUGCUCUGGCCGGGUGUCAGACUUGAGCCUCUGAGGUGGGAAAGUCAAGUUCAGGACAUUGGUCCACUAGAGACCGCCAGCCCCCACGUAAUAGCAAACGGCGAAAGCUGUCCCAGAGAUCUCCAUCUCAACGCUAAGACCCAGCUCCACUCAACGACCAGCAAGCUACAGUGCUGGACACCCUAUGCCAAACAACCAGCAAGACAGGAACACAGCCCCACCCAUUAGCAGAGAGGCUGCCUAAAAUCAUAAUAAGUUCACAGACACCCCAAAACACACCACUGGACGUGGUCCUGCCCACCAGAAAGACAAGAUCCAGCCUCAUCCACCAGAACACAGGCACCAGUCCCCUCCACCAGGAAGCCUACACAACCCACUGAACCAACCUUACCCACUGGGAGCAGAAACCAAAAACAAUGGGAACUACGAACCUGCAGCCUGCGAAACGGAGACCCCAAGCACAGCAAGUUAAGCAAAAUGAGAAGACAGAGAAAUACACAGCAGAUGAAGGAGCAAGGUAAAAACCCACCAGACCAAACAAAUGAAGAGGAAAUAGGCAGUCUACCUGAAAAAGAAUUCAGAGUAAUGAUAGUAAAGAUGAUCCAAAAUCUUGGAAAUAGAAUGGAGAAAAUACAAGAAACGUUUAACAAGGACCUAGAAGAACUAAAGAGCAAACAAACAAUGAUGAACAACACAAUAAAUGAAAUUUAAAAUUCCCUAGAAGGAAUCAAUAGGAGAAUAACUGAGGCAGAAGAACGGAUAAGUGACCUGGAAGAUAAACUAGUGGAAAUAACGAAUGCAGAGCAGAAUAAAGAAAAAAGAAUGAAAGAAAUGAGGACAAUCUCAAAGACCUCUGGUACAACAUAAAACUCACCAACAUUUGACUUAUAGGGGUCCCAGGAGAAGAAGAGAAAAAAAAAGGGACUAAGAAAAUAUUUGAAGAGAUUAUAGUUGAAAACUUCCCUAUUAUGGGUAAGGAAAUAGUCAGUCAAGUCCAGGAAGCACAGAGAGUCCCAUACAGGAUAAAUCCAAGGAGAAACACGCCAAGACACAUAUUAAUCAAACUAUCAAAAAUUAAAUACAAAGAAAAAGUAUUAAAAGCAGCAAGGGAAAAGCAACAAUUAACAUACAAAGGAAUCCCCAUGAGGUUAACAGCUGAUCUUUCAGCAGAAACUCUGCAAGCCAGAAGGGAGUGGCAGGACAUAUUUAAAGUGAUGAAAGGGAAAAACCUACAACCAAGAUUACUCUAGCCAGCAAGGAUCUCAUUCAGAUUCGACGGAGAAAUUAAAACCUUUACAGACAAGCAAAAGCUAAGAGAAUUCAGCACCACCAAACCAGCUUUACAACAAAUGCUAAAGGAACUACUCUAGGCAGGAAACACAAGAGAAGGAAAAGACCUACAAUAACAAACCCAAAACAAUUAAGAAAAUGGUAAUAAGAACAUACAUAUCGAUAACUACCUUAAAUGUAAAUGGAUUAAAUGCUCCAACCAAAAGACGUAGACUGGCUGAAUGGAUACAAAAACAAGACCCAUAUAUAUGCUGUCUACAAGAGACCCACUUCAGACCUAGGGAGACAUACAGACUGAAAGUGAGGGGAUGGAAAAAGAUAUUCCAUGCAAAUGGAAAUCGAAAGAAAGCUGGAGUAGCAAUUCUCAUAUCAGACAAAACAGACUUUAAAAUAAAGAGUAUUACAAGAGACAAAGAAGGACACUACAUAAUGAUCAAGGGAAUCCAAGAAGAAGACAUAACAAUUGUAAAUAUUUAUGCACCCAACAUAGGAGCACCUCAAUACAUAAGGCAAAUGCUAACAGCUAUAAAAGGGGAAAUCAACAGUAACACAGUCAUAGUAGGGGACUUUAACACCCCACUUUCACCAAGGACAGAUCAUCCAAAAUGAAAAUAAAUAAGGAAACACAAGCCUUAAAUGAUACUUUAAACAAGAUGGACUUAAUUGAUAUUUAUAGGACAUUCCAUCCAAAAACAGCAGAUUAUACUUUCUUCUCAAGUGCUCAAGGAACAUUCUCCUGGAUAGAUCAUAUCUUGGGUCACAAAUCAAGCCUUGGUAAAUUUAAGAAAAUUGAAAUCAUAGCAAGUAUCUUUUCUGACCACAACACUAUGAGACUAGAUAUCAAUUACAGGAAAAAGUCUGUAAAAAAUACAAGCACAUGGAGGCUAAACAAUACACUACUAAAUAACCAAGAGAUCACUGAAGCAAUCAAAGAGGAAAUCAAAAACUACCCAGAAACAAAUGACAAAAUACAACGACCCAAAACCUAUGGGAUGCAGCAAAAGCAGUUCUAAGAGGGAAGUUUAUAGCAAUACAGUCCUACCUCAAGAAACAAGAAACAUCUCAAACAACCUAACCUUACAUCUAAAGCAAUUAGAGAAAGAAGAACAAAAAAACCCCAAAGUUAGCAGAAGGAAAGAAAUCAUAAAGAUCAGAUCAGAAAUAAAUGAAAAAGAAAUGAAGGAAACGAUAGCAAAGAUCAAUAAAACUAAAAGCUUGUUCUUUGAGAAGAUAAACAAAAUUGAUAAACCAUUAGCCAGACUCAUCAAGAAAAAAGGGAGAAGACUCAAAUCAAUAGAAUUAGAAAUGAAAAAAGAGAAGUAACAACUGACCCUGCAGAAAUAUGAAGGAUCAUGAGAGAUUACUACAAGCAACUAUAUGCCAAUAAAAUGGACAACCUGGAAGAAAUGGACAAAUUCUUAGAAAAGCACAACCUUCUGAGACUGAACCAGGAAGAAAUAGAAAAUAUAAACAGACCAAUCACCAGCACUGAAAUUGAAACUGGGAUUAAAAAUCUUCCAACAAACAAAAGCCCAGGACCACAUGGCUUCACAGGCGAAUUCUAUCAAACAUUUAGAGAAGAGCUAACACCUAUCCUUCUCAAACUCUUCCAAAAUAUAGCAGAAGGAGGAACACUCCCAAACUCAUUCUAUGAGGCCAGCAUCACCCUGAUACCAAAACCAGACAAAGAUGCCACAAAAAAAGAAAACUACAGGCCAAUAUCACUGAUGAACAUAGAUGCAAAAAUCCUCAACAAAAUACUAGCAAAAAGAAUCCAACAGCACAUUAAAAGGAUCAUACACCAUGAUCAAGUGGGGUUUAUCCCAGGAAUGCAAGGAUUCUUCAAUAUACGCAAAUCAAUGUGAUAAACCAUAUUAACAAAUUGAAGGAGAAAAACCAUGUGAUCAUCUCAAUAGAUGCAGAAAAAGCUUUUGACAAAGUUCAACACCCAUUUAUGAUAAGAAACCCUCCAGAAAGUAGGCAUAGAGGGAACUUACCUCAACAUAAUAAAGGCCAUAUAUGACAAACCCACAGCCAACAUCGUUCUCAAUGGUGAAAAACUGAAACCAUUUCCACUAAGAUCAGGAACAAGACAAGGUUGCCCACUCUCACCACUAUUAUUCAACAUAGUUUUGGAAGUUUUAGCCACAGCAAUCAGAGAAGAAAAAGAAAUAAAAGGAAUCCAAAUCGGAAAAGAAGAAGUAAAACUGUCACUGUUUGCAGAUGACAUGAUACUAUACAUAGAGAAUCUUAAAGAUGCUACCAGAAAACUACUAGAGGUAAUCAAUGAAUUUGGUAAAGUUGCAGGAUACAAAAUUAAUGCACAGAAAUCUCUUGCAUUCCUAUACACUAAUGAUGAAAAAUCUGAAAGAGAAAUUAAGGAAACACUCCCAUUUACCACUGCAACAAAAAGAAUAAAAUACCUAGGAAUAAACCUACCUAAGGAGACAAAAGACCUGUAUGCAGAAAACCAUAAGACACUGAUGAAAGAAAUUAAAGAUGAUACAAACAGAUGGAGAGAUAUACCAUGUUCUUGGAUUGGAAGAAUCAACAUUGUGAAAAUGACUAUACUACCCAAAGCAAUCUACAGAUUCAGUGCAAUCCCUAUCAAACUACCAAUGGCAUUUUUCACAGAACCAGAACAAAAAAUUUCACAAUUUGUAUGGAAACACAAAAGGCCCUGACUAGCCAAAGCAAUCUUGAGAAAGAAAAAUGGAGCUGGAGGAAUCAGGCUCCCUGACUUCAGACUAUACUACAAAUCAAGACAGUAUGGUACUGGCACAAAAACAGAAAUAUAGAUCAAUGGAACAGGAUGGAAAGCCCAGAGAUAAACUCACCACAUAUGGUCACCUUAUCUUUGAUAAAGGAGGCAAGAAUAUACAAUGGAGAAAAGACAGCCUCUUCAAUAAGUGGUGCUGGGAAAACUGGACAGCUACAUAUAAAAGAAUGAAAUUAGAACACUCCCUAACACCAUACACAAAAAUAAAAUAAAAUAAAAUAAAAAAUAAAAAAAAUAAAAAUAAAAUCAAAAUGGAUUAAAGACCUAAAUGUAAGGCCAGACACUAAAACUCUUAGAGGAAAACAUAGGCAGAACACUCAAUGACAUAAAUCACAGCAAGAUCCUUUUUGACCCAGCUCCUAGAGAAAUGGAAAUAAAAACAAAAAUAAACAAAUGGGACCUAAUGAAACUUCAAAGCUUUUGCACAGCAAAGGAAACCAUAAACAAGAUGAAAAGACAACCCUCAGAAUGGGAGAAAAUAUUUGCAAAUGAAGCAACUGACAAAGGAUUAAUCUCCAAAAUAUACAAGCAGCUCAUGCAGCUCAAUAUCAAAAAAAAAAAAAACCCAAUCCAAAAAUGGGCAGAAGACCUAAAUAGACAUUUCUCCAAAGAAGAUAUACAGAUUGCCAACAGACACAUGAAAGGAUGCUCAACAUCACUAAUCAUUAGAGAAAUGCAAAUCAAAACUACAAUGAGAUAUCAUCUCACACCAGUCAGAAUGGCCGUCAUAAAAAAAUCUACAAACAGUAAAUGCUGGAGAGGGUGUGGAGAAAAGGGAACCCUCUUGCACUGUUGGUGGGAAUGUAAAUUGAUACAGCCACUAUGGAGAACAGUAUGGAGGUUCCUUAAAAAACUAAAAAUAGAACUACCAUAUGACCCAUCAAUCCCACUUCUGGGCAUAUACCCUGAGAAAACCAUAAUUCAAAAAGAGUCACAUACCACAAUGUUCACUGCAGCUCUAUUUACAAUCGCCAGGACAUGGAAGCAACCUAAGUGUCCAUCAACAGAUGAAUGGAUAAAGAAGAUGUGUCACAUAUAUACAAUGGAAUAUUACUCAGCCAUAAAAAGAAAUGAAAUUGAGUUAUUUGUAGUGAGGUGGAUAGACCUAGAGACUGUCAUACAGAGUGAAGUCAGUCAGAAAGAAAAAACAAAUACCGUAUGCUAACACAUAUAUAUGGAAUCUAAAAAAAUGGUUCUGAAGAACCUAGGGGCAGGACAGGAAUAAAAAUGCAGACAUAGAGAAUGGACUUGAGGACACAGGGAGGGGAAAGUGUAAGCUGGGACAAAGUGAGAGAGUGGCAUGGACAUAUAUACACUACCAAAUGUAAAAUAGAUAGCUAGUGGGAAGCAGCCACAUAGCACAGGGAGAUCAGCUUGGU